CGAUGCGCUCAUUUGGAGACUGCUGAAUAACCUCCGCCACAAAUCGCGCCCCACGGAGAUAAUACUGUCCGCGCCGAUGGUUGCUGAAACAACGGUUAGAUACAUCAAGUCUAACAACGGGAUGGUUCUGGCCGAUGCUGACAUGUCCUUGUUGAGCAUCCAUCCAACAUGUCCACCCAUCGACGACUUCCGCAACCGAGUGUAUUCCACGGCCUACUCCAUCAUCACCGUCUUUGGCCUGGCGGGGAACGGCUUCGCCCUGCUCGUCCUCCUGCGGACGUUCCGCCAGCGCUCGCCCUUUUACGUCUACAUGCUGAACCUGGCCGUGUCUGACCUCCUUUGCGUGAGCAUGCUGCCGCUGCGAGUUGACUACUACUUCAGAGAAGGUCAGUGGAAUCACGGCGACUUCAUGUGCCGCGUCAGCUCCUAUUCUCUCUACGUCAACCUCUACUGCGGCAUCUACUUCAUGACGGGCAUAAGCGUCACGCGCUUCUUCGCCGUCGUCUUCCCCGUGCGGAGCCUCGAUCUGGCGAUCGAUCGGAGAGCAGGCACUGUCUGCGUCUGCAUCUGGGCGUUCAUCUGCGCCUGCUGCUCGCCGAUCCUGAUGCAGGGCGAGUACGUGGAUGAAAAAAACAAGACAAAGUGUUUCGAGCCGCCCGAGCACAGCGACAAGCUGCUCCUCAAAAUGGGUCUCAACUACUUCUCCCUGGUGGUGGGUUUCAUCAUCCCCUUCCUGAUGAUCGUGCUGUGCUACGUGGCCAUGAUGAAGGUGCUUCUGAGCCGCAUGCACCCCUCACGGGGGGCGCAGCGUACCACGCGCAUCAAGGCCAUCCGCAUGCUCAUCAUCGUCACGGUGACCUUCCUGGUCAGCUUCAUGCCGUACCACAUCCAGCGCACGCUGCACCUGCACUUCAUGAGCCGCAAGGACGCCAGCUGCGACGAGAUCAUCACCAUGCAGAAGUCCGUGGUCGUCACCCUCUGCCUGGCCGCCUCCAACUCCUGCUUCGACCCGCUGCUCUACUUCUUCUCCGGGGAGAACUUUCGAGCCCGCCUCUCCACUUUGCGCAGUCAUUCCAGUGCCCAGAGUGGCCAGCGGAAGUGUCACUCAGAGCAGCCAGCCACUCCAUGCAACAACAACCAGCUGCUGGAGCAGGGGGACCAACACGUCUGCAAUGGGCCCAGCAAGGUGACAUAAAAGGCAAUAGACCUCUGAAGAAGUUCGCCUACAAAAAAGCCACCAUCUUUGCCCAAAUAAGGAGAUCUGGUAUCUUGAGAUUUUUUCUAUGGGAAAAUAACAUGGAGAUUUCCAAUUAUCGCACCUGUUAAACUCUCGCGGGGAUGAUGCCAUUGGAAAUGCAGACGUUUUUCGCUACACAGUUUUGUCCACUGCCGUCUAGUGGAUACUGUGAUCUUCGGUAGGUGAAGACGGCACACUUUGAUAUUUGCUACCCCAGAGCUAACUUACAAUGGAACUUGCCAUAGGCAGUUAGCUUCAAUUAACUCCCGGAUCUCCUUAUAUGGGCAAAGAUGGCAGCUUUGGAUCCUUUUUGUAGGCGAACUUCAGAGGUCUAUGGGAAGACUGAAGGGAAGCAGGAAGACUAUAUCACAUUAAGGCUUCUCUGACCACCGAAGGAUGUCUGAUGGGAGGCAUUCAUACACUGUAAAAAAAAUAAAAGUUAGGGCUGUCCAAUUUAUCAAAUCAUAUUAUGUUACAAUUAUGAAACACAUCCUUAUUGUGUUCAGAUAGUAAUUCGGAUUGAGUAGUCUACUUUUUUCCAGUUGAAUCAAGUAAGGUAAGGGGGGAAAGGAAACGAGGGGUUGCCAUUUAAACAUUAAAUUAAACAAACUCAUGUUUUUCUAUCAAACAAUGGUAUUAUGUUGAACUGACAUAUUUUGCCACAGCAAUGAAUUCAUCCAACAGAAUGAUGUAAGAUCAAUGCAAAGCACUUAACUACUGAAACAGUAAGGCAAAGGAACACAUGGGAUGCCUUGUUGUCACCAUUUCAUGAGCCUUCGCAAGAACACUGAGAUAAUCAUGCAGCUAACAGUGUUGCCAAAGGUUUUCAGGUUUCAGGUUUCUCUUAAAGAGGACUAUGCUUAGAGACCAGUAUAAUUUCAAGCCGAGUUGUAUCUUAUGUUAUGCUUUGAGAUGAACCAUGCUUUGUUCCCACCAUGAAUGCGUUAGGUGUUGAGCAUGCACAAAGUAUCAGUGGUUCAUAUUUUCUUAAUACUGUGACACAACAUACAGUAUUCAAAGUAGCAAUAGUCUACUAACUAAGUACAUCUGAAUGCCUACUUUCUGUACCGCCUGUAUAACACAAUGACAUUGAA